ACCGUGAUAUCCGUAAGCGCUUUGUGAUACCUUACAUUCUUCUAUAUCUUUCUCGACUCUAAUGUAUAGCGGUUGUACUGAUGUAUUGAUUACUUUUUCGAUUGUUCCGGAGAAGGAAGGAAGUUGUUUUAUUAAUGAUGACACGGCGUAGCGUUUAGGCUAGGGGAAAGCUUGUAGCCGCGUCACGACACGGUAAACCUGUUAUUUCAAUAUUUACAGGAUUGAGUACAUCAUCGCGUUGUGUUCCGUUAUUUGGUUCUCAGUCGCCAUCACCGCCACCACCACAUGCAUUCAUGUGGACACAACGCAUCCUCAGUCGCUUUGCGCAUAUUCCUGAUGAUACCGCCAUCGAAAACAAGUACUACGGAGUCUAUAACGCCAUCCUUACAGACGAGUGCUUUACAGAGAGUAUCUUCUUCGUGGAACCCCAGUACGCGUUGCCCAUAGCCCAGACUGGCGGUGUCGGUGCUAUCGAUUUCGUCGUCACUUUCGUAGUCGAGGUCGACGACAUACCUGUUCUCGUCCUAGAGAUCAAACCUCCCACCCACCUGCGGCAUGUAUCGACUGAAGCGGAUAGCCAUAUAAGAAGCACGUUCUUUCACCUGUACAAUCUGUGUCGUACUCCGAAGUUGUACGGUGUCAGCACCAUUGGAAACAGGUUCUCCAUCUAUACCAUGCAUAUCACCCAUGAUGGCUCUGUCAUGCCCGAGUUCAUCCCAUCGUCGUCCACUCAUGUUACGAACACGGCUCCAAAAUCUAGAUGGGAUCUAGAUAUCACAACAGAGGAAGGCUACGAGAGGUUCAUGGCAGUUGUUGCUGAUGUGAAGCUGAUGGUCUGAGAACUUCGUGUUCGAUUGUAUGUCCCCUGUGUGUGUUCUUCUAUGUAAAUCUCCAUUUCCCUGCACUCCAAGACUCUUAAUCGUUAACAUCC